GAAUUUUACAAAAUAUUGUGUUUGCAGUUUAAAAUGAAUUUGAAACCUGAGUGAAACACCUCUUGGAAAUCAGAAUGGUGAAUUUAUAUUGACAGCUUGUUACCUUUAUUAAUUUAGUUGCUGGUCUUUGCUUUGCUUGUUGAUCUUUGGUUGGUCACAAUGCCGUCAGCCGUGCAUUCCGAAACAGACGAUGGCGCGAGCCAUGUGAACGAGCAGGGACAUGAUGCAGGACGAAACCUACGAAAAUCCCGAAAUCCAAAAGCUGCUGUUAAGGAAUCUCGUUUGGAUGAACUGCGUCGUUUGCGCGAAGAGGGCAAGAAAAAGAAGCACGAGGUGGAAGAAGCUAAGCCGGUUUACGACUACGUUACCGAGGAGGAGUACGAGAAGAUCGUUCAGAAACGCCAAGAGGAGAACUGGAUCGAGCUGAGCGCCACUGACGAUGCGGAUUACUACGACGAUGGUCGAGAAAUAUUCGACGACGAAGAGGAAGAUCGUAAACGUGAUAAGAAAAAUAAAAACGAUCGGAAAACGAAGAAUGGAGCAAAAGAGGCCCGCGGCGAAGAAGAGCGACCAGAUAUUUGUUCACCGGAUAUCAGAAAUUUCAUGAUCGCUGGACCGUCGGGAAAGCCCAAAAGCAAAGGCUUGGCUCCGUUGACCAAAGGAAAGGAAAUUCUCCUUGACGAUUUGUUGGAUGAGCUGCAAGGCUGCGUCCCGGAGCCUAAGCAGCCCAACCGUUUGCAGUUGUUCUAUGGCGAUAAGGCGCCUUCUUUUGCAUUGGCAAGACUGCAGAAAAAUCAGCAGAAGCCCAGUACGGAUACCAACAAAUCGCCCUUUCAGUUUAACCAACCUGAUUCCGUUCAGAAAGACCAGAGUGAUGCCAGUGUUUUGCCGCCUGAUAUGGGACUUGAACCGCAAAGCCCGGUAUUAUUCCCAACUUCCCAAGAGCAUCCUACCGAAAGAACAAAGCGCCCUGUGUCGGAGAGUCCAAAAAAACCGGAAGAAACGGAAGUGGUGGCGCUCAAACCGAAGAUCACGGCAUUUGCAAUGGAUCGGCCGUUGAAGAACAGCAGCAACAAUGGAUCAGCAAAGAAAACCAAACCGAAUACACCGGUGAAGAAACAGUCUUUUGAAUCCGACUGGAGUGGGGAUCUGGAUUUUACGGAGGAUUUGGAGAUCAGUCUGAAUCUGGCUGAAAACGUUGGGGCGGCAAGUGGACACACUGAUAGUCAUCAGUCAGAAAAAUUAAAUCGAAUGCCGGUUUUGACGAAACAGUUUGAAGCGUCAAGGGAUAUUAAUAGCGCACCACAAAUGGUUGUGGAUUUUGACGAAUAUUUACACGACGAAAAUUCAUCAGAUGGAGCACGAAAAUUCUACUGGCUGGAUGCUUUUGAAGAUGUCCAUCAUGAAGGCUGCGUUUUCUUGUUCGGUGUUUUUAUGGACAAAAUUAACUCCAGUGACGGCACCCAUCGGAGUUGUGUAAAAAUCGAAGGAAUUCAGCGUCGGCUUUACUUUUGCUUACGCGAAGGGGCGGAGAUCGCUGAUUUGAAAGCUGAAGUUGCCGAAAUUAUGCGCUCCAAAGGCAAAACUGAUAACUACCGAGAGAAGGAAGUGGAUAAAAGUUAUGCCUUUGACAAAGUCGAAAUUCCUAGUAAUGUUCGAUGUCUGGAGGUUCGCUACUCGUUUAAAGAUCCGAUACUUCCGGAAAACAUUGCUACCGAAAACAUCAGCCAUGUGUUCGGGCGCAACACUUCCGCUCUUGAAAUCUUUUUAUUGGAUCGCAAAUUGCGUGGGCCUUGCUGGCUGAAUGUGAAUGCUUUAAAGCCACAGCAGCAUAAGAUCAGCUUGUGCAAACAUGAGUUUAUUGUGGAGAAACCUUCGCUGGUUUCCAUUAUACCCGAUACUAAGGAUAAAGCUAAAGUCCCGGCACCUCUCGUUACCAUAAUGGCUCUGCAGCUGCGCGUGGUUGUCGAUUCGAGGACCAAGCAAAACGAGAUUGUGGCCGCCGCGUUAUUGUGGCGGAAAGAUUUCCCCUUGGAUAAUACAGUGAAAGGCGAGCUGUAUUCUGACCAUUUGAUGCUGCUGGCUCCGACUGUGGACACUCCAUUUCCUUGUAGUUUUAACGAAAUGGAAAGCGUUGCGGACAUCUGGAAACAAAGAAAUGCCUUGAAAGUUGAAGUUUGCCGGAAUGAGCGCCAGUUGCUCAGUUCGGUGUUUACGCGCAUGCAACAAAUUGAUCCAGAUUUUUUAAUAUUCCACGAUGCUUUGGGAUACCAACUGGACGUUCUGCUACAUCGUGCGACUCGACUGGGCGUUCCCAACUGGUCUCGAUUAGGCAGACUCCAGCGUAAAGUCAUGCCUCAAGGCCGUCAUGCCGUGCAAGCCGUAACAGCUGGCCGGUUGAUAGUCGACAUUCGACGUUCUGCAGAAGAGCUGAUCCACUGCAAAAGUUAUGACUUGAAUGAACUGGUGUGGGAAGAACUGAAGGAAACCCGGAACGAUCUGGACAGUGAUUUAAUAAAGGAAAUGUACAGAUCCCUUGAUAACUUGAAACUGUUAGUGGAUUUGACCCUUACCGAUGUCCUUUACAUCCUGCGCAUCAUGUGCAAACUGGACGCCAUACCGCUGGCAUUGCAGAUAACCAAAAUUGCCGGAAAUAUUCUUUCGCGGACGUUUCUUGGUGGUCGGUCGGAGCGCAACGAAUUUUUAUUGCUCCAUGCGUUUACGGAGAAAAAUUUCAUAUGUCCGGACAAAGAGUGGAAAGCGCCGCCGAAGAAACAGUCAAAGAAAGGAAAAGAGCAGCAGAGUCAGUCGACAGAGGAAAAGGAAGUGAAAGAAGAACCCCACCGCGAAGACGAGGUAGAAGAACCAGAGACUGUUCAUGCCGAUGCACCAACGACGGGUGGAAAACGGAAACCGGCGUACGCAGGAGGUUUGGUACUGGAACCAAAGAAAGGCUUACACGAUCAUUUCAUCUUGUUGAUGGAUUUCAACAGUCUGUAUCCGUCGAUCAUUCAAGAGUAUAACAUCUGUUUCACAACCGUGGACCGUGCUAUUUUGUCCGAGGAGAAUGCGGAUGUUAUUCCAGAAUUACCUGAUAAGCCCGGCAAAGAAGAGAACAGUAACCGGGGAGUUCUGCCAGCCGAAAUCUACCGUUUAGUGGAAGACCGGAAAGCUGUUAAAAGCCAAAUCAAAUCGGAGACCGAAAAGAAUCCGCAGUCCGAUCGUUUGAAACAAUUGGAGAUUCGUCAGAAAGCGCUGAAACUAACCGCGAACAGCAUGUACGGUUGCCUCGGAUUCGCCAGUUCGCGAUUCUUUGCACGCCCACUAGCUGCACUCAUUACCUCCCAAGGCCGCGAAAUCUUGAAAAAUACCAAAGAACUAGUGGAGAAACAAGGGUUGGAGGUCAUCUAUGGUGAUACGGAUUCCAUUAUGAUUAAUACCCAUUUGGACGAAUACGAUAAGGUUCUGGAAAAAGGCAAUGAGGUUAAGCAUAAGGUUGGCCGGCAGUAUAAAUGCCUGGAACUGGGAAUCGACGGGAUCUUUCGCAAGCUGCUUCUGCUGCAAAAAAAGAAGUAUGCUGCUCUGGUGGUCAAGAGGGAGAAAAAUACGCUGAAAUAUGAUCGCGAACUGAAAGGUCUCGAUAUUGUAAGACGUGACUGGAGUGAAUUGGCCCGCAAGGCUGGCAGUGAGGUUGUGGAGCAGAUCCUUGCUAUCCAAGAUAUGCCAACGAUGUUGGGAGAGAUUCAGGCCAUCCUGCAAAAAUACAACACCAGAGUCACCAAUUUUCAAAUGACUGAUGUGGAGUUAUAUGUUAUUACAAAGCAACUAACGAAGGAUCCGUUGAAAUAUGCCGAUUCGAAAGGUCAGCCCCACGUGCAAGUAGCCGUUCGCUGGAACGAAUCCGGGCGCAAUGCAAAGAAGCUGGGCGCCGGUGACGUGGUGCCCUUUGUCAUCUGCAACGAGCCACCACCCAAAGUGGCGGCGGUCGCUUCGGGUCAGAAGAUCCCGCACACACAGCGCGCCUAUCAUGUGGAAGAGCUUUUGGCCAGCAAUGGUGCGCUGACUAUCGACAAGCAAUAUUAUUUGGCUGAGCAGGUGCACAAGGUGGUCAACCGCUUGUGUGAGUUCGUGGAAGGCCUGGAUUCCGCGACUAUCGCGCAAUUGUUGGGUGUAGAUAGGAGUCAGUUCCCGCAGUUCUUUGUCGUACGCGUCGACGAGGAUGAUGCAGCUGGCGCUGUACCGGAUAGUGAACUGUACCGGAACUGCCAGCCGUUGCAGAUUCUGUGUCCGAAGUGUAGCGAACGAUGGGAAAUGGCCGAACCUGUUUAUGAAAAGGACGGUCAGUUUUUUCUCAGCCUGGCAAAAUGUUCAGCCUGUGACGUUGUUCCCAUGAACUAUAUUUUGCGUAUUCGAAACCUACUUACGCUGGAGAUUAACCGGAAUAUCCAGCGGUAUUAUGAGGUUAACUUUGUUUGCGAAGAUGCCGAUUGUCACUUUAUGUGUAAUUUCAUGCCGCCAAAGUUCCAUCGUAGUCGGCCAAUAUGUCCAGUAUGCAAUAAGUCCGGAAUGAAAGCCGACUUCACCGAGAGGGAUUUGUAUUUACAACUGGGUUAUUGGAGAAAUGCUUUUGAUCCGUCUCGGACAAUCGAAAAGAUAAAAAAUCAGGCCGUAAAAGAUAAGUUGAAGAACGAUUUACUGAAAUUCAACGCGGGGCAGUUAGCAAAGAUAUACGAUGAUCUUGCCGGCGUCAUCAAGAUGUAUAUGGAUCGGAGUGCUUAUGCAGAAGUCAGAUUUGAUACGUUUUUCUUAAGAAAUGAAUUUACUAAACUGAAUCUGGGCCAGCGUUUCAAGGACAUUUGAAUUCUGAAAUUUUUGAAGUUUAAAUUUUUUUCGCUUUGUGUAAAACAUUGAGAACAUAUUACUGAUUUAUUGUGCAUAUAUCCGUGUAAUCGGAAGCGAGACUUUUCGCGUUUCUAUCCUUUUUUCAAGUAUUUUUUCUUUCUCGUGUGAUUUUGACUAUGUAUAGGCUGUUUUGAAUUAAGUACUGAAACUUGAAAACGGCAACGACAGCAUUUGCUCACUGUUAACUGCUUUCGAUUAAAACUGUAGGAAACAAUGA